AUGCAGGAGAACAGGCAGGCCGUACCAGCUCUGCCGCCAGCCGAGCGCUGCUUGGGCGCCGGUCAGAACUAUGCUAACAUGUCGACCGGGUCCGAGGCGGCGGUGAAGGGGGGAUCUGCGGGAGCCGCGAUACGUCGAAGCGGAAUAUACGUAGGGGCAGCGUGCACGGGUGUGGAGAGGGAAGGAGGCGGCACUCCGGCAGACGAGGAGGUGAGGCGCUCAGGUGUAGAUGAGGCAGACGAUGACAAUGGGAGGGCGGUCGAUGAUGGGUCGUUUGGAGUUACAGUUGAGGCACGUUCGCAAGCUCGCCAAAAGACCAGCUAG